AUGCUCGACUUGACAUGCGUCGUGGUUGGCGACGGACACAUCUUCUCGGCCCAAAUUGAUGCCGACGAGACCGUCCAUGACGUCAAGAUCGCGUUCACGAACGAGUUCAUACAUGGGUGCCAAGCCGAUGCCGUGGAGCUGUACCGUGUGGAGGGUGCGACGCACGGAGCGGGCACACAGGUUGUGUUCAACGGGACUCCGGUGGACGCAUCAACGUGCACUUUGGCGACCUUUGGCGGAUCUACCACGCAAAUGGUCGAUGGAUCCAAGGUUUCCAGCUAUUUCGACGAGGCCAAUGCGCACGACGCUCAAGGGGUUCACAUUCUGGUGGUCGCCCCGGGCGCUGUGGUUCAACCUGGAGCGCUCAAAGUGCGCCGCACGACGCCCAGUUCCUCGCGACAAGAACGUUGGGAUACAUUGAACGCGAUCCUCGAAGACAAGCUCGGGAUGACUGGAGUGGGUGUGGUGGCAUUCUCCAGUGUCAAGUGGUUGGAUGUCAAAGAUGUGUUUGAACCAACGCCGUACACGCAACCCAGCAUCGAACUGCCACCAGAAAAUCUCGACUUUCUAGCCCGGUAUCUCAAGAUGGCAUCGACGUGCUUGGGGCCAAUCAGUGAGGGCAACGAAGCGCAGCGAGUGCACCUAAUUGCACCGAUCCUGUUCUGCGUCUGCUCCCUCUUCGACGGCGAUGUGCGGAUCACAACAGAAAAGAAGAUGCAUGGCCGAGAUGUCAAGGCUCAGGGGCGUUUUGAGUUUGUUCUCCGCGGUGGGAAGAAGAAGAACGUCUGCAUUGUCGAGGCCAAGUCGACCGACUUGUGGCAAGGGAUGGCGCAAGCUCUGCUCGGAUGCGAAGUCCAGGCUGAAGUUUGCAACCUCCACGAAGUGUUUGGCAUUGUCACCAACUAUACCCGAUGGUGGUUUCUUCGAAGCCUGGACGACAAGAUCGAAAAGGAAACGUGCAGCCUGGUCAUCGAAGGCAAUGUACCCACGUCAGCUUCCCUUCGCACCAUUACUGGCAAGAUUUAUGCCUUGUUGUCGGAAGAUUGA